AAACAUCUGAAAGAGAACAAAAUACAUACGAAAAGAGGGUAAGAAAAGAUAUUGUCAUUUUGUCAUUGCAUUCCGUUCUUCUCGGAUCAUACGAUCAGCGAUGGGGGAGUUUAAAGUUCACCGGGUUCGGUUCUUUGACUACAUGCCGUCAGCAAUCAGAGCCCUGGCUUUCAACCAGCAGAACGAAACGAUGGCAGUGGCGAGGAUGGACGGAGCUGUGGAGAUUUUCCUCUGUUCAGACAGAUUUUUCCAAGGAAAGAUCAUCCCUGGCAGAGAGCAGUGUGGGAUUGAAGGUCUGACAUGGGUUGGUGAGCGUCUGUUCAGUGCAGGACUAAACGGUCAAAUAACUGAGUAUGACCUGACAAACCAGAGAGUGAAAUACACCAUAGAUGCGUAUGGAGGGCCAAUCUGGGCCAUUACAGGCAAUCAAGAAGGAACACACUUAGCGGUUGGUUGUGAAGACGGAACUGUGAAAUUGUUUGCGGCGAACGAAGACAAAAUACAGUUUGAGAGAAAUCUGGACAGGCAGAAAGGCCGCAUCAUCUCUCUGUCCUGGCACCCAUCAGGCUCCAAAAUAGCUGCUGGAAUGAUAGAUAUGAUCCAGAUUUUCAAUGUGGAGACAGGCCAGUCUAUUCACAGAAUGCUGACUGACAGGGGGACAUCCCGGAGUAAGGAGUGCAUGGUGUGGUGUGUGGUCUACCUCUCGGAUGGGACCGUCAUCAGUGGAGACUCUGGGGGAAUGGUCAAAAUGUGGAAUGAUCACACCGGUACACUAAUCAAAAGCCAUAAUGUUUCAAAAUGUGACGUGCUGGCUUUAUCAGUCUCUCAGAAAGAGGACAGCUUUGUGGCCGGGACAUCAGAAGGAUUUGUGGUACAGUUCCAGUUCAUCUCUUCGGUUCUGGAAAAGAAUGACAAAGAAUGGGUCAGAACCAGAACAUUUAGGAACCACACUCAUGAUGUCAGAGCUGUGGCGGAGAUCACAACGGCUGUGGUUUCGGGAGGUAUGGACACACAGCUGGUCGUGAGACCUUUAUUAGACAAGAUUGAAGUGAAGUCAUCGGCCUCUGCCUUGCAGAAGAUUAUCUUUCCUCAUAGGAGUCUGGUGUCCUGUGCAAGAAAGGCAGGCCUGAUGCUUUUCCAGUACCCUGGUCAUCUGGAGCUUUGGAGACUAGGAGAGAGUGAAGGACAAGGCAUACCUGGAAGCAGUUUACUUGUAAAAAAAAAUCCAGAGAAAUUGCUUCAUUUGAAAGUGAAGGGAGAGGAUCACAUUCGCUGCAGUGCCGUAUCUCCCUGUGGAGAAUGGAUUGCAUAUUCCACAAAUAGCAGUUUAGGGCUCUACAGACUACACUGCGACAAUAACAACAUCAGCAUCACCAAGAUAUCCAAAAUUCCAAAGGUACUCAGCUCAGCCAAGCUUUGCUUCUCCUCAGACUCCUCCCAUUUGUUUUCCGCCUCCACACAGUCGUCAGUGCAUGUGGUCUCGCUCAGCCAAUCAGGUUGCAAGCUUGUGGGCACCCUUAAACCUAAGUCAGGUUCCCAUCAGGCCAUUCACUUAUUGGCAGCCAGCGAGGAUGGCAAAUGGUUGGCUUCUGCUAACAGUGACCACGAGGUUCACGUCUACAACCUGCAUACAAAGGAGCUUCAUUGCACAGUCCCUAUAUACAGUUCUGCUGUCAGCGCCAUGGCCAUCCACCCAGAAACAAACUGUCUAUUCAUGAUGCAUGCAGAUCAACGGAUGUUUGAGUUUUCCAUAGAGCGGAAACAAUACACUGACUGGAGCAGAUUGGUGCAGAGGAAUGGCCUUCAUUAUAUCUGGCUGGAAAGAGACACACCGUGCCUCAACGUGAUGUUUAAUCCCCAAAAUCCUUCCCAUGUCAUCCUGCAUGAUACCUACAUGUUCUGCAUCAUUGAUAAAAGCCUGCCACUGCCUGAUGUCAAGACACAAUUCCUCAAUCAGCUGACUCUGAAGAGCCUCCCAAAGGAAAAGAGGAAAUCUCACAGCCAUGCUUUCAAAGUCUGCAAGACCUUCAGGGAGAUGUUGCAUGUUGAGCUGAUGUCAGAUCAGUCUCUGGUGGUGGUUGAGCGCCCUCUGGUGGACAUAUCCACUCAGUUGCCUGCACCCAUUAAACAAAAGAAAUUUGCCACUUAAAAGUAAAUCUCCCCUGUAUGUGUGUGGCCUCAGUGAGGAAGUGUUUUAUUCAGCGACUGCACAUUUUCCCCUCUUCCCCCAUUGUAAAAACUGCUGCGACCGUAUUAAAAAGAAAUUUACCAUA